AAGGCAUUGUCUCUGAGAGGCCAAUCUACGAAUAUGGCUUCUGCCGGGGAAAGACUAUCCACUGUGAUGGGACAUUUGAAUCCCUCAAAGGCGUCGGGAAAAAGCAAGCUGUUGGAGAAGAACCCGGAUGAUAUUGUCAUCACGUUAGCUGUGAGAACACCUCUCACCAAGGCGCGGAAAGGCGGUCUCAAAGACACUCCUUUAGAUGAUCUCUUGAUUUCGCUGUUGACGUCCGUGCGUGAGAAGUCAAAGCUUGACCCGGCUUUGGUGGAAGAUGUCUGUGUUGGAAAUGUCCUCGCUGUCGGGCAAGCUUACGCCGCUCGAUCAGCAGUCCUCGCAGCAGGAUUUCCGAUCACAACGGCCGCCUCCGUGGCCAACCGCUUCUGCUCCUCGGGGCUACUGGCUGUGCAGAAUAUUGCCAAUCAGAUCAUCGCAGGCUCCAUUGAUGUUGGUCUGGCGGUAGGUGCGGAAAGCAUGAGCACUACCCCCGAUAAUGGCGCUCCCCCAAUGAGUGAUAAGGUUUUGAACCACCCCAUUGCGUCUCAAAACACCCAGCCUAUGGGCCAGACAUCAGAGAACGUAGCAGGACAGUUCAGUGUCACGCGCCAGGCCAUGGACGCCUUUGCAGCGUCCUCGUACCAGAAGGCAGAGAAAGCCCAGAAAGCUGGUUGGUCCGCUGAUGAGAUCGUCCCCGUCACAGUCCAGUGGAAAGAUCCCAAGACUGGCCAGGUUUCUGUGAAGACAAUCACUCAAGACGAUGGAAUUCGAUAUGGCACGACCGCGGAGUCGCUGGGAAAGAUUCGCGCCGCGUUCCCCCAGUGGAGUCCCAGUGCCACAACAGGUGGAAACGCAUCGCAGAUUACCGACGGAGCCGCGGCGGUCCUGCUGAUGAAGCGUUCUCGAGCUGAGCAAUUGGGACAGCCCAUCGUUGGCAAGUUCUGUGGUGCUACAGUUAUUGGGCUGGAGCCACGUAUCAUGGGGAUUGGACCCAGUAUUGCAAUCCCGAAGAUCCUCGAGAAGACGGGCUUGAGUAUUUCUGACGUGGAUGUGUUCGAGAUCAAUGAGGCGUUUGCUUCUAUGGGGGUAUACUGCGUUGAUAAGCUCGGUCUUGAUCCAGCAAAGGUCAACCCAAGAGGAGGUGCAAUUGCUUUAGGACAUCCACUUGGUUGUACAGGUGCUCGUCAAGUCGUGACAGCGUUGUCUGAGUUGCGAAGACAAGACAAAAGGAUUGCAGUCACGUCGAUGUGUGUUGGAACGGGUAUGGGAAUGGCGGGUGUAUUUGUGUCGGAGCACUAGACAGUACCGUGUUACGGUUCUUAGGAAGGACUUCUCUAUCUCAAAGCGAUCUCUAUGUUUGUAUUCCGUAGACCAUCUACCUAGAUGUAAAUAGAUCAUGAUUCUUGAGGACAAUCACGUGAUACGGAUAAAGGGGGAGGGGCCUGCUCCAUUGGAGUAGAGGCUAGCGGCCGCUAGAGCAUCGGCAAUCGAACGGU